AUGACCGCGCAUAGGAUGAACCAGAUCAACACCGAACGUGCAAUUCUUGUGAAGACGCACCAAAAGGACACCGUCAUUCGCCACCGAGCAUACACUGGGCUGCCCCACAUGAGCUCUGUGGAUGGGUCCUGGAAGGAACCCUACACACUCAGUGUUCAUGGCACAACAACCAGCAUCAUGAGGGACCGCAGGCGCAACCUCUUUGACACAGUCAGCCGUGAGCUGGGCGAGGGCGUCCAGAUAGUGGAUGACAUCACCUCACACAAGUUGGCCCACUACUAUGGCCACUUCCUGUGA